AUGUACUUCACUUCAAUCGAAGCAUUGAAAAAACCUUUGUUUCUAUCUAUCUAUCUAUCUAUCUAUCUAUCUAUCUAUCUAUCUAUCUAUCUCAGUCUGUUCGUAGCUAUCUGUCUUCCAGUUCAUAUCUAUCUAUCUAUCUAUCUAUCUAUCUAUCUAUCUAUCUAUCUAUCAAAAACAACUGAAUCCCUACUUCCAUUCAUAUCUAUCUAUCUAUCUAUCUAUCUAUCUAUCUAUCUCUCUCUCUCUCUCUCUCUCUAUAUAUAUAUAUAUAUUUGUUGUUUCUUUCUGCCUUUCUUUCUUCCUUCCUUUCUUUAUUUUCUCUUUUUUUCCUUUGUUUUUUGUUCCUUCUUUCCUUUAUCUUUCUUCCUUUGUUUUCUCCUUUCUUUCUUUCUUUCUUUCUUUCUUUCUUUCUUUCUUUCUUUCUUAAUCCUUUCCUUACGUUUCCUCUUUCUUUCAUUCUUUCUUUCUUUCUUAAUCCUUUUUUACGUUUCCUUUUUCUUUCUUUCUUUCUUUCUUUCUUUCUUUCUUCUGCUUCUUUUAUCUUCUUUCUUUCAUUUUUUUCUAAUGUGGUCGCCAUAUACUCCUUAUCCUUCUUCCUUCCUUUUCUCGUUCCCUACUUUUCUUUUCCUUUUUUUCUUCCCUCCUCUGUACAAACCCUUCUCCAAUUAUUUCCAUUUGAUUUGA